UGCAGCCCCAGCCCGAGCCCGGCCGGAGUCGCGGAGUGAGCGUGUCUGCGGCGGCGAGGAGGAGGAGGCGGGCCGGGCGCAGGCUUGUACCGUCAGUUCCUGCAGCGGAGCAGGCUGGGGCAGCAGCGGCAGCAGCUGCAGAAGUGUUUAACUUCAAGAUGGCAUCGACUAGUGAUCUGAAAGAAGCCACUUGCAACCAACGUUCUUGGGACAUCUUGCUACCAGAUUUCCCUGAGGGGCCACUUUGUGAGUACCGUAAGAGGGCUUCCUUCAGCUGGAAGGAGAUGGCAGUGUUUAUAGAUGAAGAAGAUCUCAUCCAGUUCAAGAAUAGAAUCUUCUCUGCUUUUGAAAAUGAUCCUGUCUUUGCUCGUUACCCUGGAGAAGAUGUGACCCUUGAGAAGUAUCGUGAGCUGACAUUCCUGCGCUGUAAAAGGCUCUUUGAAUACGAGUUUCUUAAACUGGAAGAUAUCAUGGAGAAGCCAUUAAAAAUUAUGGUUCUUAUAAACUGCCUAGGGAUGUAUGAUUGGUCUCUGGGUACCAAAUAUUUGUUAAAUGCUCAGGUGUUCGGUGGUGCAAUUGAGAAUACUGGCUCUGAAAGGCAUCAGGAAUUCGUGAAGCAAACCAGUAACAUGGAGAUUUUUGGAUGCUUUGCUCUGACUGAAGUCAGCCAUGGCAGCAAUACCAAGGGCAUACGGACAACUGCCAGAUACGACCCCAGCACACAGAAAUUUAUCAUCAACACUCCUGAUUUUGAAGCUGCCAAGUUUUGGGUUGGCAACAUGGGGAAAAAUGCCACUCAUGCGGUCGUCUACGCCCAGCUGUACACUCCGGAUGGGCAGUGCCACGGAUUACAUUCCUUUGUUGUGCAGAUUCGAGAUACAAAAACACUGCUUCCUAUGCCAGGGGUGAUGGUAGGUGACAUAGGAAAGAAACUUGGGCAGAAUGGUUUGGAUAAUGGAUUUGCUGUGUUUCACAAUGUCAAGAUACCUAAAGAAAACGUAUUGAACAGAACUGGAGACGUCACAGCGGAGGGAGUAUACGUUAGCUCAUUUAAGGAUCUCAAGCAACGUUUUGGCGCUUCUCUUGGGGCUCUGUCCAGUGGUAGAGUUAUGAUCAUAGGCAUGUCUGUGGUUAAUUUAAAGCUUGCCUUAUCAAUAGCCAUUCGCUUCUCAGCCACACGCCGUCAGUUUGGACCAACAGAUGAAGAAGAAAUACCAGUCCUGGAAUACCAAAUGCAGCAAUGGCGUCUGCUUCCCUAUCUGGCAGCUACAUACGCCUUAGACCAUUUCGCCAAGUCUUUGUUCAUGAACUUCAUAGAAUUUCACAUAGGUCUUCUGAUGAAGGAUAAGAGUCCAAGACAGGCUGAAAUUGGACGUGAGAUUCAUGCCUUGUCUACUGGUGGUAAACCACUGGCCUCCUGGACUGCCCAGCAAGCGGCCCAGGAAUGUCGAGAAGCUUGUGGAGGGCAUGGUUACCUGGCCAUGAAUCGUCUAGGUGAUAUUCGAAAUGACAAUGACCCAAACUGCACCUAUGAAGGAGACAAUAAUGUUCUGCUUCAGCAAACCAGCAACUACUUACUGAGCUGGGUGAAUGCUAAACACCAAGAUAAAGCUUCUAUUGCGUCCCCUCUUGGAUCAGUAAACUUUUUGGAAGACUACAAUCAUAUUCUUGGCCAGAAAUUCACAGCCUCUAAUGUUGAAGAUUGCAUGGACUCCUCAGGCACACCAGAGCUGGACUGCUGGGACUGGCUAGACCACUCUGGAGUCAAAGAGGUCCUGGCUUGCCACGCCACCAGACGAGCCUGUCGCCUGUCCCACAUCCUCCUCCAACUCGACCUCCUCAGGGCUGACUCUGCUGGCUACUGCCUCCAGUCCCCCCGAAUUCCAUUAGCUGCAUAUAAAUGGCUGGUUUGUUACCUGCUCCGAGAAAGUGUCCUGAAAUUGAGCCACGAGAAACAGACUGGGAGUAGUGAUUUUGAAGCAAGAAACAACAGUCAGGUAUACUAUUGUCGUUCGUUAGCCAUCGCUUUCAUCGAGCAAACAGUCUUACAAAGGUAUCACGAAUACACUCAUGAUCCCGACACACCAUCUACACUCCAGCCUGUGCUAAAGCAUCUUAGUGCUCUGUAUGGACUGUGGUCUUUAAGUAAACACAUGGCCGUGCUCUACCAAGGUGGAUAUGUUUCAGGUGAACAGCCUGGUAGAUUCAUACAGCAUGCUAUUCUGGAGCUUUGUUCCAAGUUGAAAGAUGAUGCAGUUGCCUUGGUGGAUGUCAUUGCACCUCCUGACUUCAUUCUGAACUCACCCAUUGGCAGAGCUGAUGGAGAGCUGUAUAAAAAUCUGUGGACAAUAGUCCUUCAAGGCAGCAAGGUGCUGGAGAGACCAUCAUGGUGGGCAGAAUUUUGUGUUAAUAAACCCGUUGUCGGCAAGCUGAGGUCGAGGAUGUAGAUCAAACAUGUAAGAGUGGCCCAGUAGAGCAACGAUUGAUAACACAUUUCAGACACUGAGAGGAAGGAGCACAUAUUUCAAAUGAAGGAGAUUUCAUACAGAAGAUGCCAAGAGAUAGAAUGAGCUUGAAAUCAGAUAUGACCCAAUCUUAAGGACUGUUGACAUAAUGGCAAGAACAGUGCAACACAUCUGCAUGUAGUUCAUAGUAAUCAUGCUAAUGUUAAUCAGUCGCAGAUUAAAAGAAAAAAAGUCUCAUUAAAGUUAAUUGCUUUUCACAGCUUCAGUACAUAUAAAACUAACUAUUACUUUCAUCAGUGUCCUGACAGCAAAUAGGGUCUAAAAGUCUUGUAAUUGCUGGCAUGCUACAGACGUUAAACAUGCAAAAAAAGUCUACCUUGAACUAUGAACAGACAGACCAGUUUUACUUUUUCUGGGAGAGUAUUAGCAAAGCAAAGGGGUAUUUAGAACACGGCAGGAUUUUCAGUGGGGAUAAACUAGGAUAGCAUCACUGGAAUUGAAUAAGUGAGUUUCUUUGAAGUCCAUGAAGCUACUGUGCUUUACACUAUCUGUUCCACAACGUUUAAAAUAGUUGAUUGUUCUUUCAACACGAGAGAUGUGAUAAGUUGACUUCCAGUUUGAGGUUUGGAUUAAUCCUCAAGUUUUGAAUCACUGUAGAUAUAACUAAUUCAAAGUUUCUCAUUCACUUGUCAUUGUUAUAUUAAUUUAUGGUAACGCAAAUGUAAAAUGAUUGUAUAACUUCACUAGUAGUUAGAAUGUUUUAUUUUUUUUUCCCUUCUAUACAGUGUUAGCGUUUAAGCUCAACAGACCAAUUGGUGCAAGUCAACACAUGUUGGAGCUGCACCUGCUUCCUUCAGGUCCAAAUUUAGUCCAGGAAUCUGGAAGUGGGUUGUUAAAAAUAAACAAAGUGAUUUCUGUUGCCAGAUGUUGUAGACGUUUAGUCAGGGACAAGAAAGUAGAAUGAUAAUUACUGCAGCUGAGGGAGAACCUUUGUUUGUAUAUGUUUACUAAAUAUUUCCCAAGUAAUGAGCAGUUUCCUUUGCAAAUGAAGAGACACUAGUAAGUUUUUGAAGUGCUGAAUAUUUUAUAUUUUUUAAAUAAAAUCUGGAAAGAUAUUGCCUGCCUUUCUAUACUGUAUGAUUUCCCUGCUACUCUGAACUGAUCUAGGACCAAAUCCUGCUCAUUGUACUCACAUGAGCUGUCCUGUUCAGGCCAGGGGGACUAUUUGUUAGGAAGGUGUCUAGGAUUCAGGGCUUAAUCCUGUGUCAUUAAAGUCAAUGGGAGUUUUGUCAUUGACUCUCAAUGGGAGCAGGAUCAAACCUCUGGCCCUUAGUGGAUUUUUUUUUAAAUUGUCACCAUUCUGUUCCAGUUCUACACUUAUGAUUCUGAUGAAGUGUUUCUAUGCCAGAAUUCCAACAUUUGUAAGUCUUUAUAGUGUUAUGACUCAAAUAUUAAAUAACUAACUGUU